AUGGAGGCCGUGGAUAUAUCCGUUGCUGGUAAGAACCGGAAAGAAGAUGGCCUAAGGCGAUGGGGAGGUGUGAAGCGGGGUCGGAGGCUGAAGCGAGAGAUAGCAGCUCAUUGUCGGCCUAUCGACCGCCCAGAUAAUCCCCGGCCCGCCGCUGACGGAGUACCCUCACAACAGACCUUGACCAUAACCACUGCACCCUAUAAAGAUGCACUAAAUGAUUUGGAGGGGAAAAUAUUUCGAACGAUAACCGGAGCUAUCUGGGUUCCGAGUUCUGUCGCAUUGAGGAGCAAGACCAAUAAAGAACUUCUUGCAGAAACUGGUAAAUCAAUAUCUCAUGAUUAA